AACCCCACUAAAGGAUCAAUACCUGCAGCCCAGAAGGAAUUGGUGCUGAUCAGCUUGUCUUGAAUCAGACCCUUCAGAAGGAAAACACAGAGGAGUCUGUGACCAUGGGGAUUGUGGACAUACCAGGUGGGCAACAAGGCAAGUAUGUGAGCCCAGCUUUUGCAAUCUGACAGAGGCGGGUGAAAGCAAGUUGAAGGGAAAGGCAUUUCCCUGAAGAGGAGUUGGAGGACAGUCCUCAAGCCCUGUCAGCUCCAGCAGAAGGACAGCCAGCCUCUCCACUUGCUUUAGCCUAAAACUCUCCCCCCAAAACCCCAGAGAGACACUGGCAGUUUUCCAGUGACAGUAUGAAUAUCAAGGAGUAUUUCACCAGAAUUUCUUACCAGGGCUCCUAUGAGAAGCCAGACCUGGCAACCCUGACUGAUAUAUUCCAGCACCACAUCCGAGCUGUCCCUUUUGAAAACCUCAGCAUCCACUGUGGGGAAAGCAUUGAGCUGGACCUGGAAGCAACUUACAACAAGAUAGUGAGGAAGAAACGUGGGGGUUGGUGCAUGGAGAACAACCACCUCUUAUCUUGGGUUCUGAAAACCCUUGGCUACAACGUCACCCUCCUGGGAUCAAAGGUUUAUGUCCCGGAGUACGAUGCAUAUGCAGAGGAAAUUGAUCAUCUGCUGCUGAAAGUGGUGCUGGAUGAUGGCAAAUCCUACAUUGUGGAUGGUGGGUUUGGGAUGGUCUACCAGAUGUGGCAGCCAAUGGAGCUGAUUUCAGGGACAGACCAGCUGCAAACUCCUGGGGUCUUUCGCUUCCUGGAGGAGGGUGGGGUCUGGUACCUGGAGAAGGUGAAAAGGAAGCAGUGGGUUCCCAACCAAAGCCUCUCCACUUCCCAUAAUGUGGACAAAGAGGUUUGUCGGAGGGUUUAUCUCUUCACCCUUGAGCCACGAGACAUUGAAGACUUCAGGGCCUGCAAUGCCCACCUGCAGACAGCCCCAGACUCCCUCUUUGUCACAAAGUCCAUGUGCAGCCUGCAGACCGCUGAUGGAGUCCGGGCUCUGGUGGGGUGGAAACUCACUGAGAUCAAGUACAAUUAUAAGGAUAAUAUGGAUCUGGUGGAAAUCAGAAUCCUUGCAGAUGAAGAAGUGGAGAAGACGCUGAAAGAGAAAUUCAGUGUGACACUAGACAAGAAAUUAGUUCCUGUCAAUACAAGCAGGUUGUCAAUGUUUUAACUCAUUGCCUGAAUUAUAAUUCGAUUCAGUGGCAUUACAUGCAAUCCUUUCCCUUAUUUCUGAAAAGCAGCUAGAGGUUAAGCUUUUUCUUUCCACCUACACCAGUGUAAAGCAGAAACACAUUAGCAUGAACCUGGAAAAUAAAUUGAUUUUCACAACUGCUCCCGCAUCUGUUUUUGGUGUGGAUACAAAUAAUUCCUUCCUGUCUCAAUCAAAUCACUCCCUUUCUGUUUGUGCUUUGCUGGAAGCAGACUCUGCCUGUUCCCUACUCCUUUCAUCUCUUAAAAGCUUUUCCAAAUACAUCCAGAGUAGCAGGGCAGAGCGAUGGAGCUGUACAUCUCUGUCUUUAUUACUUUGCUGCCACCUGGGAAAAAUCAUAUGCACCUCUUAACUGAACACCAUAUUAUUUUUGGAAUUUAAUAGACAGAAAAACAAAGACAUCCACUGCUGAAUUUGCUACAAUAAGCCAUAAGGCUCUCUGUCCUUUUUGCUCUGGUGUUCACAACAGCCUCUCUCUCCCACAGCAGUGGAGCAGCCCCAUGCCUGUGCUGCUCUGUGCAAACACUCAAGGGCUGGCUGUUCAUGGCCUAAAACUGAUGGUGAGAAACAGGAGUGGACAAUUCUGUCAUAUAUGACAAUUCUGUCAUAUUUCAGACUUGACACAACACCCAUUCUUCCCAGUGGCAUAAGGGAGCAGCAGUAUUUGAACUGGAAAUGUCUCCCAGCCAGCAGUGGACUGCUGGGAACGUGUGCUUCUCGUGCAGGACUCAGCUCCCAGUGUUUGUGCACAUCAAUUAUCCUGGCUGAACACAAACACAGGCACAAGAUUAUUUUUCUGAAAAAUACCCGUUCUGCUGAGGAUGUGCUGGCAGUGAUACUAAUUAUAUUGAUGUAAGGAGAAACGAUGCAUCUUAAUCAGAUACCUAAAGGCUAAGAUUUUUAGUAUGAGAAAUUACUCAAAUGUAAUCACUUUGCCCUUUGAGAUGAUGCUUGAUGUUCCUUUAUGUACAAAUCAUGGAAGAAUUAC